GGUUACUGUUCCUAAGUGCUGAUGACUCACCUCUUCUGCUCUUGUCAUAUAAAUUAGAGUAAGGCAGCGUCUCCGUCUCUCAGCGAUGUGUCACGUGCUGACUGAUAUCAGAACGCUUGCCCCGUAUUUCCCUUUAUAUUCCCCUCACCUGUGGACUCACCUGUCCCCGGAAAUACGCCACUGAAGUCUGUGAGUCCACAGUCCAGGAGUCCAGAGGGCUGUUUGGGACUGGGUGAGCAUCUCGCACUCGGAAGGCUUAGUUACAAACAGAAUCUUAUAAUAUGAUUUCAAAAUACAUUUUCCAGGAAAUAAGAAAUUUCUGAAAAUAUACUGAAGAUGGAAGCGAAAUAGCCUAGAUUGAGAAGACGAACAGAGAUAUUAAAGUGAUCUUUAUAAACAGUCCUUCUUAGCUGCAGUUUGUGUGAGAGCAGGAGGUAAAAGUGAAACUAAGCUACUGUAUUCAGCAGAAGCCAUUACUGAGCUCAGAACAGACCGAGACAGAAUGGCAUCUGGAUCUUCUCCCCUGGAAGAGGAGCUCUCCUGUCCUGUGUGCACUGAAAUCUUCAGGGAUCCUGUUGUCCUGAGUUGCAGUCACAGCUUCUGUAAGGCCUGUCUGCAGCAGUACAGGGAACAGAAGGGAUCUCGGGAGUGCCCAGUGUGCAAGAGAGGAUCUUCUAUGGAUAUACUUCUCCCGAACAUGUCUCUGAGAAAUACCUGUGAAGCGUUCUUAAAGGAGAGAAGUCAGAGAGCUAAAGCAGGAUCUGAAGUGCUCUGCAGUCUGCACAGUGAGAAACUCAAACUCUUUUGUUUGGAGGAUCAAAUACCUGUUUGUGUUAUCUGCCAAACUUCAAGAAAACAUCAAAACCACGAACUGCUACCAGUUCAGGAGGCUGCAGAAGAGUAUAAGGAGAAACUCAGGACUGCACUGGCUCCACUGCAGGAGAAGCUAAACACCUUUAAUGAAGUGAAACUAAUCUGUGAUCAAACAGCAGAGCACAUCAAGAGCCAGGCCCAGCACACAGAGAGGCAGAUAAAGAUGGAGUUUGAGAAACUUCAGCAGUUCCUAAAAGAUGAAGAGACAGCCAGGAUCACUGAAUUGAGGAAGGAAGAGAAGCAGAAGAGUCGGAUGAUGAAGGAGAAGAUUGCCAAGAUGACCAAAGAGAUAUCAUCCCUUUCAGAACAAAUCAGAGCCAUAGAACAGGAGCUGGGAGCUGAAGACGUCUCAUUCCUGCAGAGCUACAAGGAGAUACAAAACAGCCCUGUAGUGUUCAGUGAGUCAGGAGCGCUGAUUGAUGUGGCCAAGCACCUGGGCAAUCUGAAGUACAGAGUGUGGGAGAAGAUGCUGGGGACUGUUCAAUACACUCCUGUAACUCUGGACCCAAACACAGCACAUCCCAAACUCUCACUGUCUGAGGAUCUGACCAGUGUGAGAGACAGUGGUGAGAGACAGCAGGUCCCUGAUAAUCCAGAGAGAUUUAAUUGGGGGUGUUGUGUGCUGGGCUCUGAGGGAUUCAGCUCAGGGAGACACUGCUGGGAUGUAGAAGUGGGGGGUGAGCACUGGGUGGUGGGUGUGAUUAAAGAGUCCAUCAAAAGGAAAGGGGAUGUGUAUCUGAGCCCAGCAGGAGGAGUGUGGGGUAUAGAGCUGCACAGUGGGAGAUGCACAGCCCUGACCUACCCAACUACUGCCCUCACUGUGCAGAGGAAACCCCAGAGGGUCAGAGUGCUGCUGGACUGGGACAGGGGGAAGGUGUCAUUCUCUGACCCCAGUACCAACACUCCUCUCUACACCUUUAAACACUCCUUCACUGAAAGUGUGUUUCCAUUCUUCUGUCCUGGUUCUCUGUGGAUCUGUUCACUGAAGGUGUCUGUGUGUGAUGAGCAGCUCUCUGAUUUGAACGGCGUUGCUUCUGACUUCAUCGUGGCCUUCAGUGGGACUCUUCCAGUGUUUGUUAUCGAUGACAUGAAGCCGGUUUCCACACUUUUGGACAAGAUCUUUCAGACGGUCAGUUUCAUCCACAAACUGCUGGAUGGUCACGUCGUCGUCAAGCUGGUCUCCGUAGACAGCACUAUGACAAAGGCGUGGAGCACGGACACUAGGGGGCGCGACUACACUGGGGGAAGGACGGACACCGGGGACGAGGGAACACCAAGGGACGAGGGAACACUGGGCAGGGCAGGAGCACUGGGCAGCUUCGGAGGCUUCUCCAGGGCGCGGGGCGACGCAGGGGGCAGCUCCCGGGCGCGGGGCAAAGCAGGAGGCUUCUCCCGGGCGCGGGGCAAAGCAGGGGGCAGCUCCCGGGCGCGGGGCGACGCAGGGGGCAGCUCCUGGGCGCGGGGCGACGCAGGGGGCAGCUCCCGGGCGCGGGGCAAAGCAGGAGGCUUCUCCCGGGCGCGGGGCAAAGCAGGGGGCAGCUCCCGGGCGCGGGGCGACGCAGGGGGCAGCUCCCGGGCGCGGGGCGACGCAGGGGGCAGCUCCUGGGCGCGGGGCGAAGCAGGGGGCAGAUCCUGGACGUGGGACGGAGCAGUCCGUAAGGGCCCCUCCGGGACGUGGGGCGGUGCAGGCCGAGAGGGCCCCUCCGGGACGUGGGGCGGGGACAGGAACAUAGACCCCAGCUGUAGGGAACCCAGUUGGGCAGGAGACAGGAACGCGGACCCCAGUCGUAGGGAACACGGCUGGGCAGCCGGACGGGACCGGCGGGACCCCCGCGGGCCGGGCCCUGGAAAGAUGGCCAGGUCAGCUGAGCUGAGGAUUGUCCUGUUGGGUCAGACAGGAGCUGGGAAGAGCAGCACAGGCAACACCAUUCUGGGAAAGAAUGUGUUCAAGGCUUCACAUCCUGCAAAGUCUGAAACAUUCAGAUGUGAGGCUGAAAAAGCGACUGUUGAUGGGAGGAAAUUCACAGUGAUUGACACACCAGGGUAUUUUUGUACUGAGUGCUCAGAUGAAGAACUAAAACCUGAAAUAGCCAAGUGCCUGGUAGAGUGUUCCCCUGGACCUCACGCCUUUGUCAUAGUGCUGUCUGUGAGGAGGCAUACAGAGGAGAAGAAUAAAGCGGUGGAUGACAUUCUGAAAAUGUUUGGGGAGGAGGCUCUGAAGUACGCUGUUGUCCUGUUUACCUAUGGAGACCAGCUUGACGACGACAUGACCAUCCACGAGUUUGUGGAUGAAAAUGACCACUUGAAAGAUCUUGUCCAAAAGUGUGGAAACCGGUUUCAUGUCAUCGAUAACAAACACUGGAAGAGUCCCACUGAAGGCCACGGUGAAGUCAGAAGCAACGCCGUUCAAAUCAGAGAGCUGCUGAACACGAUUGAUCAGAUGGUGACAGAGAACGGAGGAAAGCACUACACCAACGAGAUGCUCCAAGCUGUGGGACAAGCCAUAGAAGAGGAAAUGAAAAAGGGAAAAACCAGAGAAGAGGCCAAACAGAGCAUAUGGCGACGGUUGUUAAACCUGCUACGUGAGAGACGGCAGGUUCCUGAAAAUCCAGAGAGAUUUGAUGGGGGGUGGUGUGUGCUGGGCUCUGAGGGAUUCAGCUCAGGAAGACACUGCUGGGAUGUAGAAGUGGGGGAUGAUGACUGGGUGGUGGGUGUGGCUACAGAGUCCAUCAGCAGGAAAGGGGAUGUGGAUCUGAGCUCAGCAGGAGGAGUGUGGGGUAUAGAGCUGCUCGAUGGGAUAUACGCAGCCCUGAGCUCCCCACCUACAGACCUCACUGUGCAGAGGGAACUCCAGAGGGUCAGAGUGCAGCUGGACUGGGACAGGGGGGAGGUGUCAUUCUCUGACCCCAGUGACAACACUCCUCUCUACACUUUUAAACACUCCUUCACUGAGAGAGUGUUUCCAUUCUUCUGUCCUGGGUCUCUGCAGAUCUGUCCACUGAAGGUGUCUGUAAGAGUGGAAUAGUGCUGUGGUUUGUGGGCAAGGAUCAGGUGAACAGACUGCUUCUUUCACUGUGAUUAAUGAGAUAAAAAUAUCUAUUACGAUGUUUUCUUUAAUUAUUUAAAAAAUAAAGAUCCAUGUUUGCAGCAGUUCAUGGUGAAUGUCCCUUUGUAACCUCAUGAUGUCAAUAUUGGAAUUGGUUUGUGUGUAAUAAGUUGAAUUGUAAUAAAUGCACCAGUGGAAUCA